AUGCCAUCUCCGAAUUUCCCAUCGCUGUUCACCCCCACCUCUCUCUCUCUCUCUCUUUCUGACUUGGCAACUAACCGACGGGUUGCCGCCACGACAUCAUCAUCUCUUUCAAGUCAAGCUGUCAAUGCAAAUCAUGAUGCCAAGUUGCUGCUCCCUUCGGUCGUGUUCACCACCGCCCUGCCACAUACAUACAUACCCACCCACCCACUCACCCGCCCAUUCACCACUCCCAAAACACCCGGUGGGCAUAGAUCUAACUUGACGACGCGGCGAUACUUCAUUAUUUAUUAA